UAUAGGGUCCACCACCUCAGCUGGGAGACCUGAUUGAAUUUUUCCGGCCUUUGUACCAGCACUGGGGAAUAUACGUAGGGAAUGGCUAUGUUGUCCAUCUCACAGAUCAAGAAGGCUGGUCAAGCUUGUCAUCAGCUCUUGGUGGCUCUGCAGUGGUGAGAAAAGAUCGCCUGGAACAUGUUGCACGUCGGUGCAAUUACAGAGUGAAUAAUAAAUUUGAUCAGAAGAUGAGUCCGUACCCCUCAGAAAAGGUGGUGCAAGCAGCACUGCAGCAAGUGGGUCAGAUAAUGCCAUACAGUGUCACCAGUGCCAACUGUGAACAUUUUGUGACAGAACUACGAUAUGGAAACUGCUUCUCUGAGCAGGUUGCUAAUGUUGCCCUUUGCACAGCAGUUGGAGGAGGAAUACUAGCAGCAGCAUUAGCCACCCUUGCUAUUAUUACAAGGAGCAGACGGCAGAACCAGUAG